GAUCAUCGACUGUUGCAGUCACCCAGACCACCUCCUAGUGCCCCCUCAAUUUCGGUCCUGUCGGAGCCUGAAGAGGGCCAGAUAUCGGACACAGAUGAGCGAGCGCCGCAAGCUUCCCCGCAGGAUGCUCAAUCUUCUUUCCCCGAUGACGCGGUUUUUGCUAUGGACUCCUCACCACCAGAUGACACCAGAGAAUUUCAGGACCUCUUUAAGAGGGUAGCACAAUCACAGGAGGUUCAGUUAGCGGACGUGAACGUGAAGCAAUAUAAGUUACUGAAGAAUUUGCACCCUAGACAGCAAUCUAAGGUGGUUCUACCGCUGGAUGAGGCGAUCCUGGAACCAGCCACAGAAAUUUGGAAUACGCCGGCUUCCACUACUCCAUCAUGCAAGCGAGCAGAAAAGAGAUACUUCAUAUCUUCAAAGGGUGCUGAGUUCCUUUUUACUCACCCUCAGCCAAAUUCGUUGGUUGUGGAUGCAGCUCUUCAAAGAGCAAAGAACCCACAAGUAAGAAACUCGGCAGCAGACAAGGACGCAAAGAGACUGGACAUAUUCGGGAGGAAAGUGUACUCCUCUUCACCACUUCUCCUCCGGAUUGCAAAUUACUCAGCGUUGCUCUCCAAUCAUAGUUUUGACAACAUUGCAAAAUUAUCGGAAAUUGCUCAGAGAAUUUCCGAAACGGACAAAGUACUUCUCCGAGCUAUACUGCAGGAGGGCUAUGCAUGUGCCAGAGCAGGCUUGCAAAUCGCCAUGGAUGCGAUCAAGCGCAACAGCAGUUUCCAUGAGAAGAGCUUCAUGGCUUGCGACCGCUGCCGUACCGAAAGAAUUACAGUCUAA